AUGCUGAGGAGGAAGCCUUUGGGCCCUGCCCUCUCUGGUACCGAAGAAUCAGGCAAGCCUGGGCAGACCGCCCGGCCGGACCCCGCUCUCCUGAGGCGCAGGGGAGCGUUUCCCAGCAUGGCCCAGCUCACCCACAAACCUGCGGAUUUCUCCCUGAGUGGUUAUGAGAAGUUUUCCUCUGAGUACCCAGAAUUCUGUUCCCAAGCCAAGUCCCUGGCCACCGUUUCUUCCCCCAUCCCCACCACCGUCCCAGAGCCUCCUGACCUGGGCUCCAGCUCCUGCGGCACCCCGCUGCAUGACCAGGGCGGGCCCGUGGAGAUCCUUCCCUUCCUCUACCUGGGCAGUGCCCAGCAUGCAGCCCGGAGGGACACCCUGGAUGCCCUGGGGAUCACUGCACUGCUGAAUGUGUCCUUGGACUGCCCGAACCACUUCGAGGCCCAUUACCAGUACAAGUGCAUCCCCGUGGAAGAUAAUCACAAGGCAGACAUUGGUUCCUGGUUCAUGGACGCCAUCGAGUUCAUUGACUCGGUCCAAGCCCGCCAGGGGCGGGUGCUGGUGCACUGCCAGGCUGGGAUCUCGCGCUCGGCCACCAUCUGCCUGGCCUACCUGAUGAUGAAGAAGAAGGUGCGAUUGGAGGCGGCCUUCGAGUUUGUCAAGCAGCGUCGAAGCAUCAUCUCCCCCAAUUUCAGCUUCAUGGGGCAGCUGCUGCAGUUCGAGUCCCAGGUGCUGGCCACGUCCUGCGCUGCGGAGGCCGCCAGCCCCUCGGUGACGGUGGCUCGGGGGGAGCCGGCCAAGACCUCCCCCUCGGCGGCCCAGCUUGUCUUCAGCUUCCCCGUCUCGGCCCCCAGCAGCCUCCCCUACCUCCCCAGUCCCAUCACCACCUCCCCCAGCUGCUAGACGCUCCGGGGAGGGCUCUCACUCCCCCGUGUUGAGGCUGCAGCCCCGGGCCUCCUGGGGUGGGUAGGGGCCCCAUCAGCUUGCUUCCACGCUGGGGCCCCCCCUGCAGUCAUCCUGGGUCUGAUCGGACUGCUCUUGAGAAGUGCAGGGCUGUCAGAGCUCCCCUUCAAACCCUGGCUCUGCCGCCGGCCCUGUGUGAGCCUGCGGCCAGGUGUGAGCCUGCUGCCCGGUGUGAGCCUGCUGCCCGGCGAGGGCCCGCUCAGCUCCCUCCCUCCUCCCGUCCCCGGGCCACCACGGGCCUCCUCCUCCUCCUGCCUGGCCCCGGCCCCCCAGACAGGCCGGCCGGGACAAACCGGGACUAAGCUCACGGCCGCUCCGACACAGCAAUAAUGGCGCGUCGCCGCUACUGGACCCCCCGUCUCAGCUGGACACUGGGAAGGGCAGCUUCCCCUUUUCCAGCAGAAAUGUCUUAAGAGCCUCUUUUUGUGCAGCCCCAAGGCCUGGGCCCACGGGCGGCGGGUUGGUGGUCCCUUCCCUUGCUCCUGCCGGCUUCGGUGGCUGCCGUCACGUCUGUGUCUAAAGAAUCGUUUUCGUUCCAGAAGUCACAGACGGGCACGUCAGGAUAACAAACUGCCCAGAUGUUGAGGAACCUGUUUCCUCAGAGUGUGAAGUGCAGCCGGCCAGGGGUCAGCAAGGGGGAGGCGUGUGGUCCAGCAGGUCUUGG